GCUGACAGCCAGGGGACAAAGCCCUGAUAUAUCGGUUCGAUGACCGUACACCUGCUGAACCCAGGAAAAAACCCAGGAAUACGAGCGGAGAAUCAAGAUGCUGCAAGAAACGGAGGGCGAAACGGGCAGGCGACUUCGGGACUCACAAAGCCGCGUCCGAGAGUUGGAGGACCAAGUUCGGCAGCUCGAGAAUAGCCGCGCUGAACGGCAGCUGGCUUCCGACGAAGCGUCCAGGAGGCUGGCCCACGAAGCGAGCGAGUUGAAGCAGACGCUCAGCAAACUGGAGACAGAGCGAAAGCAGCUCCUCGAGAGGACUGACUCGGCAGAACAGGCGCUUCGAGUCAAGAACAAGAUGCUUGACGACCAAAAUGACACCAUACGCAAGCUGAAACAGAACCUCGACAACAAGAGCCGCGAGCAUCAAGCGCUGCUAGCUGAUGUUGCCAGUCGGGAGCAGGCAUUCACGCAGGCCAUCGAAGAAGAGCGCAGCGUGAGCCAGACACUCAAAGAAGAGUUCAUUGAAGAUCUGCAGAACGCGAGUAUCGCACUGAAGAGCGAGCGCGAUGCUCUGCGAAAGGAAGUGGCAGAAAUGUCGCGGCGCCUGAAAGAGCGCAACGAAAGCAUCGAGCUGAUCGAGCGGGAAAAGGUCAAGCACACUUUCCACGCCAAACAGGAGAGCCUCAUUGUGGACAAGAACGAGGCCCUAGCGGCCAAGGCAAAUGCAAUAGCCGAGAUGAGCCAGCAGCUGGCCACACAAGAAUCCCUUCUGGCCAGUCUGGAGCGGGAAAAGUCCACGUUGAUGGACCGGAUCGCAAGGCUCCAGCUUGAUGUCGGCGAACAGCGCGAACGACACGAGGCAGAAAUGGCCGCUCUACGAAGCGAGGUCACGGAGCAGAAACAGCGGAUGGACGAGAAACUCACCCGAAUGAAGAGCAUGCUUGCGUCGAUCGAAUAGCCACGUUGGGGACACCAAGGCAUCGGAGCAG